GCGUUUCCACAACGGAACAGAUCAUCGCUUAUGAGAAAGUAUGCCCAAGACAGGAUAUACAUCUCAGUCGGAACAGGUGGCAUGGGCCAUUGUCAUUAGCUUUUAUUCGAAUCUUGUAAAUAUGUUUUAAAAGGCAAACAAUAAUGCAGCUGACCUCGAUAUUCGCCAAUCAGAAGCCAGUCGAUAUCUAAUUCAAGUUCUCGCUUCACUAGCGUUUAGUCAUAGCGUAGGGCGGACAAUGAAGCAAUGUGCCGCGCCGCUCAACCCUUUCAUGAACCAGAGCUAUCAAGCAUGGUAUUGGGUGGGACAGGUUACGCUUUGGAUAUGUAUGUGAAAAUAUGUGAUAUUGCCCAAUGACCUAUUUAGGCCUACCGAUAGAGAAUAUUCGGAUUUCCUCUUGUCGUGGGGAUUAUAGAAUGACUUGACAGGUAUCAAUUUUGACUUGAGGAUUAUCACUCGAUUACCGUGACUGAGGAAAGAAAAGGAAGAUGGGGUCAAACUGUGAUAUUCAUUGGACAAAAUGGACUUUUAAAAUCCUCGCUUUUAUGUCAAUAUGGAUUUGUUCAUUAUGUCAACAGGGAACAAUAAACGUUUCGUGUCCAACGGGUUGGAAGAAGGUGGAUCUCGACUGCUUCCAACUCAAUACAGCAAAACUCACAUGGGAUGGUGCUCUACAGCAAUGCCAAAGCGUUGGUGCAACUUUAGUGACAUUAAAAGAUAUAUAUGAUAUAGAAGAGAUAGCAAAUUACGUCCUGACUCAAUCAAAGGGCAGCAUCAAAUCAUACUGGAUAGGUCUUUCAAGAAAAGGGGCCUCAGCAAACGAUACAACGGCAGUCACUUGGAACAAAGUGACGGCUACCAGUACAAAACAUGGCUACUGGAACAUCUACCAGCCUGACUUUGACUUCAACAAGGAAUGCGUCAAGGCGCAGGAAGGCACCAAUUUACAGCAGUGGUCCUUUUACAAGCCGGGGACGCACUUAUGGUCUUUCACACUCUGUUCAGACAGGUUGCCAUUCGUGUGCCAGCUGCCCGUGUGCCCGGCAGGCUACUUCCGCUGUAGUGAUGGCAAGUGCAUCCAGCAGUCGUGGAGAUGCGACGGUUAUAAUGACUGCUCAGACGGUCAGGAUGAACUACCCGCAACAUGCCCUGAAAAGUGUGAUUAUACACUGAGUGGUUCAACUGGUAAUAUCUCAAACACCGAUUGCAAACCGCAAUACGAAAACAACAUGAGCAUUGUGUGGAAGUUGAAAACGAAUUCGGCAACCCGUAUAUCUCUGAAGAUAAACACUAUUGACAUUGAAGAAGGGCAUGACACUCUCACCAUCUACACUGGAGAUGUACAGCUGUCCAUGAGCAAGGUCCUUGCCCGAAUAUCAGGGUCAAAUCGGCCAUCCUUACGAAACCAACAGUUUGUUAGCGAGAAUAAUGUUAUGGUUGUGCGAUUCCAAACUGACAACUCAGUGACGAAAAGUGGUUUCAGUGCGACUUGGACAACUGGCUAUGAAUGUAAAACGCUGUCCCUACUCGGCCGGGCCCAAACUGGAGACGCAGCAGAGGAAGUAGCAGCUGCUGAUGCAUCCACCUGCGCAAGCCUGUGCAAAACUAAACCAGCCUGCAUCACUGCGGUUUUCUCGGCCGCGAAAUGCAAGAUUUACAAUGAUAAAGGGAAGAUGACAGUUACUUCUGGAAGCGAACUGAUUGCCAACUCUUGUCCAAGUAAUUUGAAAACCAAACCAGUGAUAGCAACUUCACCAAUUUACGGAGGAGCACGGACAGCUACUGGUGUUUGGAAGUCCAUCUCAUCCCCUCUCUAUCCAUUCUACAUCCCUGGGUACCAGAGUGUCACAUGGACUAUUGAUGCAAAAGACGCAAAGAGUUACUUGUCUAUUCGGAUCGAUGACCUUGACCUACAGCUUCCUGAGUACCUUGAGGUCAAGGAUGGCAAUGAUAACAGUGCUUCCGUGCUCGCCAAAUACCCGGGCUCUGGCGGGCCGACCACUUACUUUACAACUGGGGGAUCAGCUACAGUUACUUUAGUCACCAAGCAACAGAACGAAAGGAGAGGAUUCCGCCUGUCUUAUAUGCAGAAUCAAAUGACCUGUCCCUCUGGAAAGGACUUCCAAUGGUAUACUAAAGCUGAUACAGUACUGAAUACAACGCUGACGAAGAAGACAGUUACAGCCGCAACCCUUGCCGAAUGUCGCACCAAGUGCAAAGAUGAAACCAGCUUCGUAUGCAAGUCAGUUGAGUUUGCUGCUGGCAAUUCAACUAUGAACUGUGCCCUGUCUAAGGUCAACCGUGUAUACAUAACGGUGCUGGGAGUCGUGGAAGAGGCCAAGUCUGGGUUCACCUACUCGGAUUGGGUGUGUACCAAAAAAUGUCCGGCAAUCUCUGUCGAUGCUAAUGCCAAGAUGCACCCAUUACCUCUAUCUGUGCUCUACCAGAGCAAGGUUACCAUAUCAUGUAAUGAUGGCUAUUAUUUCGCUGUGGACAAGUACACCAGUAAGACGUCAAUAUCUGUCGAAUGUUUGUUUGGCGGGAAGUGGAGCAUCUGGAACAUACCAAAGUGCACUCCUGUCUACUGUGGUGUUCCUCCGGCGGUCACAAAUGCUUAUCUGAAGUCAGGUGGUGUCCUCUAUCCAACAACAGCAGAAUAUGCCUGCUUUGAGGGAUUUGAUCUACAAGGAAACUCGACAACGGCUUGUCAGAAGGUGGCAAAUUGGACGGCACCACCUACAUGCAAGGCCGUGGUAUGCCAGGCCCUCUCUAAUGUUAACCUGGCCACUGCUUCAAAAACUGGCACGGGGACAUCCGUUGGAUCGACGGUUACCUACAAAUGUGAUGCUGGCUACCAGAUUGUGGGAGCACCUAAAUUAGUGUGCAAUUCUAGCAGUCAAUGGGAUAAGACGCAACCAACAUGCACGAAGCUUCAGUGUAACGUACCAACUAUCAUCAAUGCUAUACUCUCAAACCAAACUGGUCCGUUCUUCUUCGAAGACAAAGUGACAGUCAAGUGCAAUGACGGAUUCAACUUCAGCGCAGGGUCUGGAGACCUAACUUGUGGAGCAGAUCAGACGUUCGGGGUGCUUCCAAACUGUACUGAUAUCGACGAAUGUCCGGCUAAAUGCCAACAAAAAUGCGAGAACAGCAUUGGUAGCUACACUUGCAGUUGCGAUGCAGGGUACACUCUGCAUAGUGAUAAGAUAUUGUGUGCAGAUAUAGAUGAAUGCACUACUACCAAUAAGGGAGGCUGCGGACAGAAGUGCGUCAACUCGGAAGGUUCCUAUACAUGUAAAUGUGAUACUGGCUUCACCUUGUUCACGAGUGACGGUGUGAAUGGAUUCAAUGUCAGGAGCGGCGAGACGGGAACACGAGAGGGAGACGUUUACUACAUCAAUCACACUUGUGUUCCUAACAAGUGUCUGCCACCGACUUCCUUUGCUAACGGCGUGGCAACUCAAGACCUGAACAGCCUCUACCACAACGGCAAGAUCACAUUUGAUUGCAACAUUGGCUACAGUCUCCAGGGAGCGUCAACCAUAACUUGCAAUGAUACGACAUGGGACUACCCCGCUCCUACGUGUAAAGUGGUGCGGUGCGAUGCUGAUGAUCUGUCUGGUUUGAAAUACAAGCCGACAGCCAAUCCGACAGGGAAGGUCGACUAUCUGGCUGACGUCACUUAUACCUGCACCGCCUUCCUACCAUCGCAAGUGGUGAGGAAGAGAACGUGUAGAUAUGACAGCAAGACGAAGACAUACGUUUUGAUGGGAGACCAACUUGAAUGUCCAGUUGUUGAUUGUGGACCUCCAGCAAAUGUAUCGGGCGCCCAGACACCGUCACCAACGAAUACCUUGUUAGGUACCAAUUACACUUUCGAAUGUGUCAAUUCUAAGUGGAAAAUUCUUGGGAAGUCCGAGCUGAAUACUACGGAUGUGAUGUGCACCGCCGGUGGAUACUGGGACUACGGAGAUCUUAGGUGUUCUGGUGCCACUUGCAAGGACCCUGGUCGCUCCCCUGGCAGCCUUCAGCAAGCAACCAGCUACGAGCUGGGGAAGAAUGUCACCUAUACCUGCUCCAGGGCUGGCUACGCCUUGAAUUCUUCCGACCCACUUGUCUGUACGGAGGGUAGUGGAUCACCCCAGUGGAACAAGCCGAUUCCAAUAUGUGUCGACAACGAAAAGCCUAAGAUCACCUGUCCUACCGGCCAAACUGUUAAGCUACUUAACAAGGUCAUGUUAGCGCUGCCUACAUCAAGUGAUAACACUGGUAUUGCCUCAAUGGUAACUGACCCUCCAGGAUUCCGCGUCGACCAGAUUAUUAACAAAAAUACCAGUGUCAAGUUCACUGUCCAGGACUUCGCCGGCUCGACUGCAUCCUGCACUGUUGACAUCAACGUGAAAGAUGAUCUUGAUCUUCUCCCACCAACUGUGAACUGUCCAUCAUCCUACACAGAUUACGUAACCCAGUCGGGGCAACAGACCAUAACGUACCAAGGCGCCGCAACAGGCAGUCAUGUUGGUGGAGAUAACGUGACCUUGACUUACUCGCCAGCUGACAAAACCCUCCAGAAGAGUGAGGCCUCACUAUAUGAAGUUCAUACUGUAACAGUAGAGGCCACGUCAAAGGCAGGACUCAACGCCACGUGUCAAUUCCAAGUUGAUAUCAAGCCUGCCCUUUGCUCCCCGUGGUCACUCCCUGAGGCGAAAAACGCCACGAAGACAUGUGUUGGUAGCGCCGGCUCCAAUUACAGCUGCGACUACGAGUGUGACACCGGUUACCUCUUCCACGACAACACCGCAAAGAAGAGCUAUGAAUGUGAACCAGGGAAGGCUUGGACUCCUAACAGUUAUGUGCCAGACUGCAAUGUGCCAUUCCUCUCCCCCCAGAUGGAGAGGUUCACCAUAAGAUAUACAGCCUCAGCGGCACUCACCGACUCGUGCGCAAGUAGCGCAAUUGACGAAUUGAAAACGAGGGCUGUGACCUUUGGAAAAGAUUUGACCGCUCUUUGCCAUUCCACCAUUACCGGAGCUGCAGCUGAUAACGUGAGCAUAACAGUGCACCAGGAUCGGAUCAUGACAAACUACAAACAUGUUCCGCAGCCGACAAACAACUACAUUUUCAUCAAUAUUUCAAUCUCGUCUGCACCAGCCAGCAGUAAGGCCGACAAGGCUUGUGCUAAGAGCAUCAAAGAUCACUUGGACGGUGGUGACCUAUCUCUCAAUAUCCAAGUGGCCUCCAUCAACAAUAUCACGGUACUGACCUGUCCAAUACUUAACAACCCAUUUGGGGAACCGAACCAAUACACUGAUGUAUUACCGUGCCCUCCAAAUACAGUCAGGGUGGCACAAACUGGGAACGAUAAUGACUUGUGUCUGUCGUGUUCAGCCGGUUAUUUUCUGGACGCCGCCAAUCAGACCUGUGAGAUGUGCCCAGCGGGAGAGUACCAAGCUGAGAGUGCGAAGGGCAAGUGCGAGAAGUGUCCUACUGGAAAAUGGACUUACGGACGGCAGUCCAAGUCAAUCUCAGACUGCCAUGAUACUUGUGACAAAUACGCCAUGAUAUCGAGCACCAAGCUUCCGCCGUGUCACCAGUGUCCGGUAGAUCAGACUGUUGAUGAUAGCACCAAGUGUAAGAACUGUCCUGGAGACGAGAAGACCUUGAACACAGGCAAUUGCACUGGAAAAUGUCCCGCCGGCGAGUAUUCCCCAGGUGGAUAUCCUCCGUGUACGAAGUGCCCCCAGGGCUACUACCAAGCUCUCACUGGACAGAACAACUGCAAUGAAUGCCCGCAUGGUCAGGUCACACCUACUGAAGGGGCUAAAGCUUCGACUUCCUGCGUAAACGGAGUUGCCACCCUGUGUAAACCUACCGACCCCUGUCAAAACAAUGGCACUUGUGAUGUACCGAUACAUAACGUGGUGUGCAACUGCCCUAAAGGCUGGAGUGGUUACGGAUGUGAAGACAACAUCAACGAGUGUCUCUCUCAACCGUGUUAUAAUAAUGGCACGUGCACCGAAGGGACAACUCCAGGAACAUACAAGUGCGCCUGUAAAACUGGUUUCUCAGGGGGAAACUGUGAGGUUGAUACCGAUGACUGUACAACAUCAUCUUGCGAGAAUGGUGGUAUGUGUCAAGACAAAGUCAAUGCAGUCAAUUGCAUGUGUUUAAGUGGAUAUACAGGAGCUACGUGUAACACAAUAAAAGAUAUAUGUAAGCCUACCCCAUGCGAGCACUCCGGCGAAUGUGUCUCUCUGGGGAACGUACGCUACAGAUGUAAAUGCAAGACAGGUUACACUGGUCUGAAAUGUGAAACAGACAUUGACGAAUGUGCUCCUAAUCCUUGUCUUAAUGGUGGCACGUGCACACAAGCUGUUGGAAACUACAGCUGCAAGUGUACCGACGGCUACGAAGGCAACAACUGUGCGAUCAGAAAGGACCCAUGUGCAGUAGCGGGAAUGUGUUCUGGGAACGGCCAGUGUAUAGACGUCUUUCUGAAUUCUACCACGAAGUGCUCCUGCACACCGGGAUUCACACCAAAUACGUCGAGCAACACUUGCGACGCCAUCGAUUUCUGCAGCAGUAGUCCGUGCAAUGAGAGUAAAGCUUGUGAGAGUUUGGCCCUGGGUUACAACUGUACCUGCAGGACUGGCUAUGAAGGCUACAACUGCCAGCAUAACAAGGAUGACUGCGCCAGUAAACCUUGCCUCCAUGGAACCUGCCAGGAUCUUCUCAACAGCUACGAGUGUUCUCCGUGUGAUGAGGGAUGGGAAGGCCCGAAUUGUGAUAAGAAGAAAGAUUACUGCAUGCCUUACCCAUGUAGUACAGUUGGUACUACAAAAUGUAACAGUCUGGCGACCACAUAUAGGUGUGACUGCAAAUUGGGGUAUCAAGGGAGAACAUGUGCUGAUAACGUAAACGACUGCGACUCAUUUCCUUGCCUGCAUGAAGCUAAAUGUACUGACCAGGUGAAUGACUUCAAGUGUGAUUGCAAGCCUGGUUGGGAGGGGAAGCGGUGUGAAAACAUUACUGAUAGCUGUAACAAGACGCCAUGCACCUCCAACAACUACGACUGCUACUAUGGUUUUAUAGACUCGGUUUGUGUCUGUAAGGCUGGAUUCUUUGGAGUCAAGUGUAACGAAACCUUCGAUGCCUGCUCCACUCUGAAGCCUUGUGUCGGUAAUGGGAGUACGUGUGUCGCAACUGCUGGCGUUCCAAAAUGCACUUGUUCAAACGAUUACAUGGACACUGGCUGUCAUAUUCGGAAAGACAACACUAUUAUCAACGUAGAAGACCCGACCAGUUCCGUUGGGAACUACAGUUGCCUGAAUGGUUUCUCGGGCAAGAGCUGUCACACAGUGGACAUGGUGUGUCCUACGGCCACGUGCCCUGCUGGGGCCACGUGUCGUGAUGACGUUGUGGCCCACCAGUGCGUUUGUCCAAUUGGAAAGGCGGGACCUACAUGCAAAACCAUUGCCCAAGCGUACGACCUGUGCUUCAGAGGCUCAGAGAAGGAUUCCUAUGCCAUGCUAUCCCAGCCAUUCGCCAUGAAGACUGCCACCUUAACGAUCAGCCUGGCAGUCCGCUUCUUCGAGGAUAAGACCAGCGGAGGAAUCUUCACUUUAUACGGGAAAACAUUCUGGCAAGACAAAUCCGAUGCCACCGAAAUCAUCCACAUAGGCACUUCAGGUGUCAAUGUCACCUUGGGUGGUGUCACAAAAACCCUGCCCUUCCCUCAUGGUAGUGUUAUUGCCAGUGGAAAAUGGUUACGUAUCACUGUCGAGGUAGAUAAGGGGAGUGUCAAUGUACGUCUGAAAAUUAUGGUCGACAACAAAAGUGCGGCUAAUUUUUCCUUUACAAGUGACCUUCCAGCGUUUGGUUUGGUGGUACUGGGCAGCGAAUUGGACAUGGGUACGAAACAACCGAAAAAAGGGACAGGUUUCAAUGGCUGCAUCGCCGAAGUUGGGGCGUGGAAUAGAACUAUCACAGAUCAGGAGAUCCUUGACCUCAGUGCCAGCAAGACCGUAGUCGAUGGACAGCUCCUCGGGUGGGCGGGCUAUGAGCUGUACGGAGAUGUAGCGUACACGCCGUCACCACCAAUCAGGGGCCUGGUUUGCCCAGUUGGUACUGGAGGAGCCAACUGCGCAGAUUCAGUCCCAGACAAACGACCCCCACCUAUAACUUGCCCGAAAGAUGUCCACAAAGACCUUGGUGAGGGGUUCACCGGGGACUCGACUACCGUCACUUGGUCACCUGCCACUAGUACGGAAAAGUCAUUAGCCACGAAAUAUAGUCAUUCACCAGGUGCUACGAUGACCUGGGGAAGACAUACAGUGGUUUACGAAAUGAAAGAUGCGAGUAACAACUCUGCUUACUGCCGAUUUCAUGCGUACGUCCGUGUCCAGCAGUGCUCUACACUGAAAGAUCCGAAGGGUGGAAAUCAGACUUGCGAAACAGAGGGGUCCUACACAAUCUGCAGUCCAAGUUGCAACUCACCGAACAGAACAUGUGUACCUACUCCUAAAUUCUACACUUGCGGCCCGUCGGGGCAGUGGAACUAUCAGGAUAAAUUCUUGAGCAUGAGAUACCCUACUUGCAGCGCCCCUACGACCUUGCCUGUGAACUACACACUGCGCUUCAAGUUUGUCUAUCCAGGUCUCUCAAAUUCGGUGACUCCAGAAAAAUUGGCUGAUGCUGUAAGAAGUGUAUUCAACACUUCCACUACCGGCAUCAACGACAUUUGGAAGCCAUCACCAUGUCCAUCAGAAACAACUUGUAAAAUCACAGCCACUUGUCCAGCGCCUUCCACCAAGAGUGAUUGUUCUGUGCUCAUCGUCUCGUCUCCUGUACAGGCAUCGGUAAAUUCGUCGAGUAAUGGAAGAAGAAGGAAGCGAGCAGCGAAUACCAUUGAUGUCGUCCUCAGAGAUUAUGCGACCAAUAAGAAGUUCAAUAAGUUGCCUCUUGCACCAUCUGAGAUUGAUCCGAAACAGACCCUAGUCAUCCUCGAGCCAAUAUGUGAGCGGCUCUACCAAGCAGUGGGCGAUACCUGCGUCAUCUGUGGCCCAGGUUAUUUCUACCAAGAGACCACAAAGACAUGUGAGAGAUGUCCCAAUGGAGAGUACCAGCCUGACUCUGGGCAGACUGAGUGUAUACAGUGUACGGGUCAAGGCCAGUCAACUAAACUCCCAGGUUCAUAUGAAGAAUCAGACUGUAAAGUAACCUGCGGACCAGGAACCUUCUUGUCCACCAAUAAAACUAUGUGCAUCCCAUGCCCGAAGAAUAAAUACCAACCACUAAAUGACACGACCGUAUGUAUCUCAUGUGCUGCUGAUCACAUCACCAGGAACACAGGCUCCAAGUCUAAAUCACAGUGCAUCGAGGAUUGUCCAUCAGGCCAAGGUCUAAACGCCACAGACGCAUGUGUCACUUGCUUAAAAGGGACGUACCGAACUAAAGGGGACACAUUGGAGUGCCAACCUUGCCCGGCCAACUUCACCACAGAGUUAACUGGGUCCACCUCAAAGGACAACUGCAGUGUUGGCGACUGUAGCGCCGGGAGCUACAGAGAUAAGCUCACUGUGGUGGAGAAAUGCAUCCCCUGUCCGAACGGCCAGUAUCAGUCGGACAAGUGGCAGCUUGAAUGCAAGAAAUGCCCACCGGGGAAUGACACUGGCGGUAAAAAUGGGUCGACGGCAGCCACAGACUGCAUCACUUUGAACAAAUGUACUACGGGUGCGAUAAAGUGUUCGGCCAACGCCAAAUGUGUUUACAACGACCAGUCUACUGUGACGACUUGUGUUUGCAAGGCAGCUUACAGUGGUAAUGGAUUCACAUGUAAACACCUGUGUGAUGAUGCAUACUGUAAGAAUGGCGGUACCUGUAAACCGGAUGGUGUCAAGGCGGUGUGUGAGUGUGCUGAAGACUACGAGGGCGAUACCUGUCAGACUAGAAAGUUCCCAAAGACAACUGACAAGCUUCCGCUGAUCUUUGGUAUCAUAGGAGUUCUCGUCUUCAUCAUAUUGGUGGUCCUGCUGGCUGUCUGGAUCUGUUACUGUCUCAAGAAACGAGCGGAGAAGAAGCCGCCAUCGGUAGAUCAAGACGAACAUGACGGAAUUGGCGCCUAUCUUAACCCAUUGUACGAUGACAAGCGAUCUAUAGCCGCGACACCAUUUGCCUCGCAACAGUUUUCUUCGGGGACCAUGCGAAGCUUCUUCGCUCCCUCCUACACUCCUUUCAAUGAUGACACAAGCUCAAUGGUCGGAGGAGGUGUUGCACCCUCUGUCAUAUCCGCCUCUGGAUCGAUAGCUGUGUUCGCGCCACAUGAUCGCUACUCUACCAGAGGAAUACCCGAUGGAGGUCAGAUGACCAUGGGUAGGAGCCCCAAAGCGCUGCACUUUGAUGACGACACCAGUGAUCUAUUUGAUCCAAACGCGGAGCCAUUAAAGUUAGAGUAAGUUUGAUGCAAGAUAACGUUUCAGUCGGCGGAAGCAGUUGGGUGGCUUGAGAGGAAGGGAGCAAAGGCUAGCUUGUUCUUCAUGUCUACUCCAAGCGACGAGUUCGAUUGGCCAGUUCAUAUCACUUGUUUUGAUGAUUGACUAAAGAUUAUAUGCACUUGACUUUGAUAUCAUCAUUUUGUGUAAAUAAAUGCAUAUUAAUGCAGGUAAAGUUAUAUAUUUGAGCAGCUCAUCUCAUGAGUAUCUGCUGAAAGGUUCCUGGAUAGAACCGGGUCGAAGUGUGGAGCGAUAACCUCCAUGUUAAGUUGAUAUCAGACAUUAAGCUUUAUUCCGUCCGUCUUGUUUUGAGGUCAUCGCCUACAGUAAGGUCCAUAUUGAUAAAGUGGUCGGCACGCGGACUGAUGUAUGAAGUCAAAGACUCAUAACUGCGAAUGCACGAGAUGUCUGAUCGUACAUUGUGAUGUACAUUCUUGGGGUG